UUAUUUUUGUUAUGUGGCCACACUGUACUUUAAUUAACCUAGAAGUUGCAGCUAAAUUGUUCGUGAUAAUGUGAUUAUAUUUAUGGAUUUCAUGCUGUAAAAAACAAAUAUUUAAAAAAAGAAAGGAAAUAUAAUAAGAGUAUAUGUGAACCAUGUCGUAUGAUUCGACGUCAGCCCGAAAAAUUACAAAAUCCAAUGUGGACAAGGCUAUAAAUCUUGUAAUGAAAUGCAAUGAGAGAAAAGGACGAAAGAAAGAAAUUGAAGAGGUUACAAACAAUAAAGUUACUCAUUAUUGCAAGAAGUUUCAAGGCGAUAGGAAAAGUAGGACAUCGGUUGUAGGAUUUUCAAAGAGUUUAGUAUUAUCAGAGAUGCAAUCUUACAUCGCUCGUCAAGAUUGGAAGCAUGCGUUAAAUUUAUUUCCUCGACUUCUUGAAUGUCCUGUCGAAUUAGAACCUUUAAUAUGGCGGUAUGCGUUUAUAAUUUUACUGCAUGCAAACGAUCCGUCGCAUCUCCAACAAUUUUUCGAACAGUGUAUUGGCAAUCAAAGUUCAAAUAAUGGAGUUUUGUUAGAAAAGUUGUUAUUACCUCUGUAGGAUGAUAAUUGAUGUCAAAGUAGUCUAUUUUACAUUAUGAUGUUCAUGUUAAGUCAAUAUACAGUAUUUGUUAAAUACCGAUCUUUGUACAAUGAUUGUAUUACAUCUGAUUACAAGCCGUAUAAACUAUACGUCCGACGUGUAUUCUUUAAUAGUUAAUCGUCGAUUAUUUUAUACAUAAUUAUAUUUAUACAUAAACAUCGAAUAAAAAAGCAAUUCGUGAAA